CAGAGUCGGAGGCUAUUACGAACACCUUAAAUGUAAACGAGGAAACGUGCAGGAGUCUAAAUAUAGUAGAGACUGGAUGUGCAGGAACUGAGCUAGAAAACAGCAGAGGACAAACAGAGAGUUCUGGGAAGUGCCACAAAUCAGAAAAUAGCAGCAGGACAGAGGCCUUAAAACUUCUGAACCAAGGGCAGCCUUCCAAGUCAGCGGACGUCUGGGAUAUUCAAGGAUUCAAUUCAUCAGGGGAGACCCAAGUAGAGGAUACUGGGAGUUGUCAAGAGGGAAGAGAGGAUUCAGAUUGCACUGGGUGGAGUCAAGAGGAAUCUGAGAGCAGUGGACAGAGUCAAGCAAGGACAGGGAACAGUGAAACUCAAGAGGAACCCAAAACAAGUGACUCAGAAACAUCAAAGAAUCCGAGUGUCCAAGGUGAAGAUCUAACUGACAUUCCAGGGGAUCCCUCUACUGUAUGUCAGUUCACACACUCACAGAGUGAGCAGACUUCACUAAAGGGAGCUCAUAGUUUUGUGACCGAGUCGGUCACUCGUUUUAUCUUCCCUCACACACGUUCUCGGCCCGCUCAUCCCCACCAUGCCCACCCUUCCUGAGGAAGAGGAAGAUUCCCCAGAGGAGCUCAACAGUACAUCCAGCUCGCCCUGCACAUACGCUCCAGUUGAAAGCAAGAUGGUGAAUGUAACCAUGACUCCACCAGCUAUUGUGCUUCCAAGACAAGUCAGCAAGCAAGAGCCAUGUCCACUUGAGAAAGCAAGACCACACAGCCCUAGGCCUCGUCUCUCCCGAAACUCUGCAUCUUCAUGUCCCAUGACGACAGUGGAUGAUGAUGGGCACGUGAUAGACCUGGUGAAGGAUCAGCUUCCUGAGCUGCAGUUAUCUGAAGAGGAUCGUCAGAAGAAUCUGGAGCUGCUCGAGGAGGCCAAGAAAGUCAGCGGUCACUUCCUGCAGCGCAGAGGCCGACGCUCCACCUGUAGCCUCACUGAAUCUCCAACAGCUCUCUCUCCGAACCCAACGCCAUGCUCCUCCCCCAGACCAUCCAGAAGCAGUUCCCUCUCCUCACCCCCACAGCUAGGUCCUGAGGUCACCUCAACUCCUCCAGCUAGCCCCUCCAUAGCUAAGCAUCUGGAGGUACCAUCUACCCAUGACCAAGGGGACCCCAGUAAACCAGAGCAGGAGACCUUCACAAGGCUAGUAGAUUGGAUGCCCAGUGACAAGCGAAAGGUAUCUUCAGGGACUUUAACACCACGUUAUGCCACCGCUGUACCAGCCAGAGAUCCUGCUGUGUUUCAGAAGGAGAAGCCAGACCAUCAUGCACCAGCGGACAAGGGGAAUAACUCUGAACAUGCGGCCCAGAAGAAGGAAGAGACUUCUGGCUGUGGCAUCAGUCAACCUCCAGCUACAGGGGUAGCCAAACCCGUCCCCAGGCCACCCACACAGCAAGCCCCGUGCACAGCCGAAAUCAAAACAAUAGGGGCCUUCCCUCCUCUGAUGAGAGCCGUCUCCUGGGACACGGUGGGCUCUAUGAACAUGAGGAAUGCAGCUCCCAAAGAGGAGGACAAUCUCUCUGAGCAAUCAAGGGAGUCUCUGUUUAAGUCCUCCGGGUACAAGGACUUCCCUGUGCCACCUGGGAAUGUUCAAAAACUGUCCAAAUUACGUGAGGAGCACAAACUGAUGCGUAACCAGAGCAUCUCCAGCUCAAAGCUUCCUGACCUGAAUGAAACGACCGAGCAGGAGCGAGGUCCAUCCUCUCCGCUCACCAGCUCUCCCAGUGAAGAGGAGGCCAAAGAGAAGCCUGGCUCUAUGCCCAACAUUUCAGACAUCAUGCUACGCAAACUCAAACUGCACAGAGGUCUACCUGGAAGCGCACCCCCGCUCUCAGAGAAGGAAGUUGAGAACGCUUUUGUGCAGCUUUCCCUGGCAUACCGCAAUGACAAUUACACGCUGGAGUCGCGGCUGAAACAGGCGGAAAGGGAGCGCAACCUGACUGAGGAAAACGCGGAGAAGGAACUGGAAGAGUUUAAAAGCGCUCUCAAGAACACUGUGUCACUGUGGCAGAACAUUGAGCAGCGGGAGUUUUACCAGCACCUCUUAGAAACGUUCGCCGUGUUGCACCGCCUGACCAACCGCCUCUCCAGCCGGGCUGAAAUGGUGGGAGCUGUGAGACAGGAGAAGAGAAUGAACAAGGCCACUGAGGUGAUGAUGCAGUAUGUGGAGAAUCUGAAGCGGACAUAUGAGAAGGACCAUGCUGAGCUGAUGGAGUUUAAGAAGCUUGCCAGCCAGAACUCCAGCCGCUGCUAUGCAGGAUCAGUGGACACUGGAGAGGAUGGUGUUCCACGUACAUCAAGAUCCAUGUCUGUGCAAUUGGGAAAGGCAUUGCCCAGACGAAGAGUCAGUGUGGCUGUAGUUCCCAAGUUUAAUCUACUGAACAUCCCCGGGCAGACGCCAGCCGCCGCUGGCCCUAAUGUUGCACCCGGUGCACUUCCUGUGGUGUGUGAGUCGAACACCAUUAAGAACGGCAGUUCCUCAGACCCUACACAACAAGAUGUGCCGGACAAAUCCAGUGGAAACCCUCUGACGGAGCAGGAAAGUGAAGCAACGCCAGCCAAAGUUGUCUGCAGUCCAGAGAAGAUUACAGAAGAGAUAAAAGCCAAGAUUGAAGAAGCAGCGUAUAACAAAGGAUACCAAGAAGGACUUAAGAGGUCUAAAGAACUUCAGGAGCUGAAGGAGGAGGAAGAGAAAGCAGAAGAGAAGCAGAAGGACUCCGAGGAGGAAACCAGAGGAAAUGGUGAUAAAGACAGGAAGACUAAUAGCAGGUUUGAAGAGUCAUUAGAGGUCCUUGACCGGAUAUUUCCAAAAUUCUUCCAACGAAAUCGAGUUCUUUGGAUCAUCCUCACUCUGUUUUUUGCUUCAUUCAUUCUUGUUAAUGUCAUAAGCUUCUUCAGCAACCGCUACAGCGAGAGCGGAGACACGUCUGCCAUCCCAGGCAAGAAGACGUUUUUCGGACUGAAUGUAGGGUCAAAGACCCCUGCCCCAGAAUGACUUUAUUCUCAUCCAUCACGGAGAGACAGAUUAACACAGCUCAUAUUGUUUCUACCAGUCUUUCACACUGCAUUUAGAAAAUAGCAGAACUACUUGUUAUUGUUUAGGGACCAAGUGUGCUUAAAUGAGAAAUCAGAUUUGCUUUGUAAACUAAAUUGAUAAGUUAUAUUACUUGAGGUUGGGAAAGUUGUGAUUUCUUGUUAUUGCAGAGAAACGUUUUCUGAGACUGUCACGGUUGAUAUGAUUAUACCACUCGAACCUUAUGAUUAAACUUCUCAGGUUUUGUGAAAUAUAUAUUUGAUAUAUUUAGUACAAUAUUUAAUACAAAAUUUGGUACAGUAUGUUUUAAAGUCUUUGCAGUUGUUUGUUGUUUAUUUGAAUUGACAUUCCAAGGUAGAUCCUAAAGUGCAAUAUUUUGCGACUGGUAGUUGACGGUUGUGUGGGGUUGUGCCUUCAGAGCACUGGUUUUAAUAGUUCAGAAUUUUUCACAAUUUUGAAGAGCACUUUUAACUAGCAUGAAAGAUCUCAUAUUUGCACAUGUGUGCUUGUGUUUACUGUUGUGCCACUUCACCUUGUAAUAAAGGUGUUUGAAAAUCA